AUGAGCAGUGCUCGCCAUCACCUCGUAUUCCUGCUCCUGGCCGAAGCAGCGCUGUGUGCUGCCACCACACUGUUUCAAGAUGUGCUGAGCCAUGGAAGUACUUCUCCUGUCACAUCCCACAAGAAGCUACAAGGCUGGUCUAGUGAUCAAAAUAAAUGGAAUGAAAAGCUUUAUCCUGUCUGGGAAGAAGGAGAUCCUAGAUGGAAGGACUGCUGGAAAGGUGGAAGGGUGACAGCCAAAUUGGACACUGAUAGCCCAGCACUGGUAGGAUCCAACGUGACCUUUGUUGUGACUCUCCAGUUUCCCAAGUGCCAGAAAGAAGAUAAUGAUGGCAACAUAAUAUACAAGAGAAACUGUAUCCAGGAUCCUCCAGCAUUCCAGGAUCAGCAAUUCUAUGUCUACAACUGGACUGAAUGGACUGAUAACUGUGAAAACUGCACAAGCAACCACAGCCAUAAUGUAUUCCCAGAUGGGAGACCUUUCCCUCAUCAUCCUGGCUGGAGGAGAAGGAACUUUGUCUACGUGUUUCACACGUUUGAUCAGUAUUAUCAAACAACGGGACGAUCUUCAGCAAAGCUUUCAGUGAACACGGCAAACAUGACUCUUGGCGAACACGUGAUGGCAGUGUCCAUUUACAGGAGAGGGCGCUCAGAAUACAUCCCAGUUGCGAGAGCUAAUGCCACUUAUUCUGUAACAGACAAAAUUCCAAUAUCUGUGAUUCUAUUCCAAAAACACGACCGCAACAUCUCAGACUCUAUUUUUAUCAAAGACUCACCAAUUACAUUUGAUGUGAAGAUCCAUGAUCCCAGCUACUAUCUUAACAAUUCUGCCAUCUCCUACAAGUGGAACUUCGGGGAUGGAAGUGGUUUAUUUGUAGCCAGCGGUUCUACUACAUCUCACACCUACACUCUGCAAGGAAACUUCACUCUGAAUUUAACUGUCCAAGCCAUUAUACCUGUACCUUGCAGGCCAGUACCACCCACUGCAGCGCUGCCCACCUCAGCAGUAACAACGGAAGCAUCUUCUAAUUCUGACUCUUCUGUCACUGUCGAGUCAAUGGAGGAUAAUCCUGAUGGAGGUUGCCAUAUUUACAGGAAUGGAUACUAUAGAAGUGGUAUCUCCAUCGUAGAGGGAAUCCUUGAGGUAAAUAUUAUUCAGAUGACAAGCAUCCAGACGACAGAAAGUCAAGCUGAAAACUCACUGGUUGACUUUGUUGUUACCUGCCAAGGGAGUCUCCCCACAGAUGUCUGCACAGUAGUUUCUGACCCCACAUGCCAGGUGUCCAAGAGCAUGGUAUGCGACCCCAUCGUCGUCACUGACGAAUGCUUACUCACCAUCAGGAGAGCUUUUGAGGAACCUGGGACAUACUGUAUAAACAUCACCUUGGGUGAUGACACAAGUCAAGCCCUUGCCAGUGCACUGAUUUCCGUCAAUGGAGGAUCAUCAUCUGCAACAACAGAAGGUGUCUUUAUCUUCCUUGGCUUAUUGGCAGUGUUUGCCACCAUUGGAGCUUUUGUCCUCUACAAGAGAUACAAGCAAUACAAGCCUAUUGAAAGAAUCACAGGACAAACAGAGAAGCAGGAGGGACUAACUGCUUACUUCAGCAAUUUCAAAGCCAUUUUCUUCCCUAAUAGCACUGAGAGAAAUCCUCUGCUGAAGACUAAACCAGGCAUUGUUUAAACCUUUAGUCUAACACUGAUUAUUAGAUUAAGUACAGGACUCAUAUUUGACCUGUACUUUAAUGGGGCUUUCUUGUUGUUGUAAAGAACCCCAGAGAGUAUGAAAGCACAUAUAGAUGGGAUGGUAACUUUUGGGGCUUGGUGCAAUUAGAAAUAUUACAGUAGUCCUUUGUAGUAAACAAGGAGGUAGUUUUAAGCACUUGCUGUUCUUACUUGUGAUCUAGGAUACACUCUUCUGAAUAACUAACACACACACCCUCCACUGUGCCCUUAUCUGGGUUUUCUUACUUCCAGGUUAACAACCCGCAAAACUAAUCACAUCCAUAAUCUGGAGGGGGGAAAAAAGUUAAUU